CACCUAACCUUCAAGACAUCAGCAUUCGGUCGUGGUUCACUAUAUUACUAUUCUGCUCACACUCAUGCCUUUCUCUCAGUUUUUCAGAAAUUUGGCAAACGUCAUUUUCUCUUCAAGAAGCUGUUCAUUUGUCGGAACUACCGAUAUCGGACCACUAUAACAUAUAGCUGCCAUACAAACUGAACGAUCGGAAACAAGUUCUUGUAUGGAAAACUUUUGCAUUUGACAAUGUAUCUUCACAAAAGUUGCCACAGAUUAUUUUCUAAGGCAACAAUGUAAUCUCCGAAGAAAUUGUUCAGAUCGGAUUACUAUAGUAUAUAGCUUCUGAAAAACGGUCAGCUGACAAGUAAACUGUCCGUCACGACUAACAUGAAGGAUAUGCAUACCUAAGUGUAUUGAUGUGCCCAUCAACAGUUUAUUGUAGGAUCGUUACUAGAAAUAUAAUUGCAAAAUACUUGAAAAUAUUCUAUGGGAUUCUCCCCAUUUCAGUGUUUUAGGACACACCCUUUUGAAAUGAAAAUUUCUUUCUCACCUAAAAGGGUUUUAAAAAAGGUUUCCUUUAAGUACCGGCUAUGCCGUAAUCCUUUGUCAUAUAUGCUGUAAGAAAAGGUUUACAUAAAUAUACACAAUACUGAUUAAAUGCAAUUUCUAUAGACUAAAGCACCACCUCUUGUCAACAAGGUCAUUAAACAACAAAACCCUCAACACACGUCUCAAUUGUUUCUUUCGAUGUAUUGCUCGGGUUAUGCAGUUGCUAUAGUUCCUUACCUUAAACGUAUGCGAAGAAUGCAGUAUAUUUGAAUAAGUCAACGAAAUAUAAAAGUAGGUGUGUCGGCAACACUGUACUUGGGUCAAGGAAUAACUAAAUAAGUGCCGUCUUUCGUUUUUUUUGUUCUCUGUCAAUAGAAGGAUUAGUUAAUUGCAAAAUUACUCAAAAAGAAAGGCGGGGAGUAAUUUCAAAAAAAUAUUCUUACAAACUUUUGUAGAUGUCAUGGGUGUGUCCCUGGAUAAAAGGUAAAGGAUAUACCAAACACAUCUCAGUGUAGCAACUUUCAAAUUUAAAAUUGUCGGAGCUACAACAACAAAUUUACUAUUUUGUUUAUUAUUGCAGCGCUUGAUGUGAAUACCUGAUACUGAACAGCACGAAAUCACGUAUAACAAACUACUUGUGGACAAUUGACCUUAUUUUUCUAAACUCUGCUCACGGUGAAUUUCAGAACAACUGCAUUUUCACAAGUUGAAUAAAACAAUAUUUUAAAGUAUGGACCACCUGCUACCGAUUCUUACUGAGGAGGAAUACAAAGCUGAAAUCGAAUUGUGUGACGAGGCCAUAGACCCGGAUGAAGUAGACAAUGUGAUAAAGAGAUGGUUGAGACUAUAUCUACCCAGAUUGAAGCCUGGUGAACUCACUCAGGAAGCCCUAGAUAUUAUUAAAUGCAGAGAUGCACAUACGGAGAAAAUGACUCAACUUUCAAGAAGAUAUAGAAGAUUGAUGGAGAACCAAAAAAGCUCUACCAAUCAAUUAAAUGUCUCUGCAAGCGACGCAUACACGACGCAUGCUGGACCAAGCACAAGUAGUUCCAGCGUCACAGCACCCCCUGCACACAGCCCAGGUACACCAACAUUUACCCCCUCAUCACCAGCGGCAAGUUCAUUGCCUAUACAAAUACCAAAUUUGCCCACCUCAAGUAGUUCCAGCGUCACAGAACCCCCUGCACACAGCACAGGUACACCAAUAUUUAAUCCCCCACGACCCGCCGCAAGUUCAACGCCUAUGCAAACACAAAGCUUACCCCCUACUGACGACUGUAAGUACACAGUGAUUGGUCCGAAUGGCACAACAGUAUACACCAGGGUUUUCCAAGACAUAUCAUUUAAAGAGCCGACCACGGCCACGCGCAGGUUGCUUUCUUUGGUCUUCACCGAAGAGGUCCUGGCGAAAAAUACACUCAGCGGCAAACCCUCACCAGCAUUUAAGGGUCGUGAACGUCCUCUUAAGGGACAACUAGAUCCAGACAAAAUUUCGGAUGUCAUACAUUGUAUUACAUCGCGCACAGAUUUCAUUGAAAAGAAUGUUCGCACCGUAAUCACCGCAAAAUGUGCGGAUAGCGCAAAGAAGAUAAAGAAACUUCAGCAGAAGCAGCAAAAAUAGAAGCCACUUUGGCUCGGUAGCCACAAAUUAUAUAUUAAAUUUAUUUACGUAUAAGGAAAUGGUUUUUAUUUUAUGUUAUCUAAAUAUGGUUUAUGUUACACAUACAAUAUAUGUAAAUAUAAAUAUAUAUUAUUAGUUGAUUUAUACGUUGUGACAAGUGAUCUUUGAUUUGUCUGUUGAUAAAAUAUUUCAUAUAGUAUAUGGUAAAUUAUAUAUUUAUGUAAAAUUUUCUAUUCAAGUUUUGAUAAAACAGAAAGGAAAUACUUUUAAAACAAAUUAAUGUAUUAAUGUAUAAUUAUUGUUUGACUUUACUUUGUAAUUUAGUUAAAGAAAUAAAUGCUCCAUAUUUUAAAAAAUCGAUCUUUUUUAUUGUCUUAUUAAAAUCUACAAUAUCUCUAGAAUUUUUUCCUAAGUUUUCAAGUCGAUCCGAGCAAUAGUUUCGAAUAUACAGUCUUAAGAACUUCUGCGCUCGGGGCUAGUUAAGCUAAGUGCACCGUUUUUAAACGGGGUUUUCUCGUGUUUUGAAGAUGGUUGGCAAAAUUUCUCGAGAGCUACUCAAAAUCGAGUUCUUUCUUGUAUGUAUAAGAGUUUUGAAAGGUAUUAUGUAUUACAAAAGAUUUUUUUUCUUUUUUCUACUACGGAUACGCUAUAUUCAGAUAUCUGGCUGGCUCCAAUAACGAUAUAUACGAUAUAAACUCAACUAAAGUAGUGAUUAGGUUAUAGUACAGUCCAAAACCCUUUACUUUUAGCACCCAACAAGAUAAAAUCAAAAGUAACUUGAUAAUAAAAUAUCGAUAUUUUCGGCAUAUUUCAAUGAGAGGGUAGAAAAUCAUCAUAAUCAACAAUCAUUCUGUAUAAAAUCAGUUGGUAUAAUAAAAAUAAAUGUUUUGACAAGCUUUUUUCUCGGCAUAUUCGCCAUACACAGGAACAGAUAGUGAGGUACGGACUAUAAGGUGGAUGCUUAAGAACCUCUCAAUCAAGCUUUCGGAGCUUUUGACACGCCACUAUUGAUGUGUGUAGUCUUUCGUUGUUCUGAUGGAGCACAAUUCUCCCUUCAGGCGGUUCAGGUGUUAACAGUACGGAUCUGAAUUAGUAGAGGAGCAACUCUUAGUAGAAAGCUUAAACCCAUCCUUGGAUGUAGCGAUAGUUUGGAAAAUGCAAAAUAUUCAAGCAGAACCGCAUCGCAAAACCUGUAUCACUCUAGAUAGGCCUUGGUUAUUAGAUAUUGCUAUUAAUAUAAAAUAUUUGAAUAUAUUUUGUUGGGGUCCCCUCUUUCAGUGUACUAGAACCCACUCUUAUGAAAUGAAAUGCCAUUCUUAACUAAAAGGGUAGAGCAUAUCCUUACUUUAAAUACAGGUUAUGCCGCAAUCCUUUCUCAUAUGUGUUGUAACAAAAGGUUUUUAUAAAUAUACACGAUACUGUGAGUUUAAAGAUAUACUAUGAACUUAAGCACCACCUCUUCUCAGCAAGGUCAUUAAAUAAAAAAACCCUCAUAAAAGUCGCAAUCUUUCAACGUAAUGCUAGGGUUACGCAGUUCCUAUAAUUCCUUACCUUGAACACACUCAAAUAAUGUAAUAAUAUUAUUAUGCUAAAAAUAUUUGGAUAUGUCAGCAAACUAUAUGUAGAAGUAGGUGUGUCCAUAACAUUGUACUUCGCUCAAGGCAUAACUAAUUAAGUGCUGCCUGUCUUUUUUUAUUGUUCUUUUUCAAUAGAAAUAUUGGGUAAUUGCAAAAUUGCUCAAAAUGGGAGGCGGAGAAUAAUUUCAAUACAGAAUCCUGUGCUAAAUAUUAUGGGUGUGUCACAGGAUUAAAUAAAGGAUAUACAAAAGAUAUCUUAAUGUAGCAACUUUAAAAUUUAAGAUUUUCGGAACGAGAAUAAUAAAUUCACCGUCUUCUU